AGCUGCUUAGUUUGUUUUCAUAGCAAGAAGUUGUACCAUAGUCUUUAUAAUCCUUGUUGACGAUUCAUAAUCGUAAAAUGUUGACCGAUCGAGUGCUUACCACCAAGGAAGCUCUGGUGGUGGCCCUAGGCGACAACUGGGAGCGCUACAGGUCCAACAUGAAGAACUGGUUCCGCAGCCGUUGGUCCAAAGAAGAAUUCGAUGCCGAGUCACGAAAAAUCCUUUCGCCGGACAAAUUACACCUUCAUAACCAGUUCCUGCUUGCCCUGCUUAACAAGAUCGAUGCCUUCGCACCCAUUGAUAAUCCGCCAGCUGUCCAAACCAGCAGCAGCGGGAACCGAAGCGGCAAGCGGCGCAAGAGGAGCUCCCGAACCUUCGCAGAGCGCCUGAAUUUCGAACUUUCCGAGGUCCUUGACUUUAUGAGCGAAGACAACAUGCAGGUAAUCCGGCCCCCGCCCUCGAUCGGUGGUUUGUCCGAACAGCAGCCAAUGCAGCAGCAGCUUCAGUCACAGCGCUACUGCGCCCAGGAGCUCUUUCUUCCCGACGCGGGUUUUAUAAUGGGUCGCUUUUUAAUCGGAGCCUGGGAAAUCGGUCUUGUCUCCGUGGACGACAACGUCGCCGAGUAUGUAGCCAUGGCUGUGCAGGUCCUGCUUAAGGAUCUGCUAUCUGCUAUUAUAAAGAAAAGAAAGCAUUACAAGACCAGCGGCGAGGGAAACUUCUACUACGACGUGGGUGCUCCGCUGCGGGAUCCUUCACUGCGAAACACUGUCACCCGUCAGAAAGUGGACGACACGCCCCUUGAACUGGACAAGGAGCUGAAUACGGCCAACUUCAUGCGUCGACAAAAUGACGACGUGACCUUCCUAUCUGCCUGUGAGGAAGUCAUUCCCAGCGAACGCACAGUGAUCACCCUCAAGGACUGCCAGUUGGCAUUUCGCGAUCGCAAUCUAAUCGGCUCCCAUGCCGUUUACUCCAUCAACAUGGAACGACUUAACAUGAUGAUGCAUUAGUUUAUUAGAUUUACUUAUAUAUUUAAAAUCAGCCCUAUGUAGAGUUCUAUACAUUAUACUCUAGUUUAAAUCAGCAAA